AGGCACCGGGCCCGGCCCCACCAUCCCGGUACCAAUGGACGACACGGAAGAGCAGCCCGUCCCGGAGCCGGCCGAGAUGGCUUAUUUCGGCCCCACUUCCCUCACCUACCUCCCCGUCCUCCAAUGGCUAGCUGAUAACUUCUAUUUAUGUGGAGGAUGCACUGUACCCUGUCGGCUACUAUAUGAGCUGUAUAUUGAAACCUGCAAUCCGGAUUUCAAGAUUCAAGUACAUCCAUCCACCUUUGGAAAGCUUAUUCAGUUGGUUUUCCCAGGCCUGGUGACAAGAAAGCGGACCACAGCAGGGAGUAUCAGAUAUCAAUAUGAUGGAAUAGCUAUCAAGAAGGAGUCUUCUUUUUAUGCACGUUUUUGCUGUCUUCUGUAUGAGCAAAAUUAUCUCAGGCACUGCUCUCCAGGGGAAGUGAACAUCUCUGAUGUGCAGCCAAGCACCAGUAGAAGUUCCUGGAGUUCUGAAAAUGCAACUGAUUACAAGAAGAAUAGACAAAAGAAAGGAACAAGUAAGAAUUUGCAGUAUUAUCCAUCUGUCAUUUAUCUGAAGACUGAACAAGAGGCAUUUCAUUACCUUUCUCCUGAUUUCAACCAGUUCUUCUUUGGAGAGCAAGCUCAAAGUGAAACAUACCCUUAUGAAUUGAUUGCACUGCUUGCCAAUGACUACUACAACUAUUGUCAAGUUAUCUUAGAAAUGGUGAGAGAGACCAAGCUUGACAAGGUGGAAGACUAUAUCAUGUCAUUCUGGACGUCUCUGCAGGCUGAAAGAAUGGAACUGAUGUGCUUGCCAGAUGUGUGCCAGCUGUUAAAAAGCUAUGAUAGGUAUCUAUUCAAGGAAUUGGAGAACAUCCUGCUUCCUGAUUUCCUGGACGAGGUGCCUGCACAACACAUAGACUCAAUCCGAUCAUUCAGUGAAAAUGUUAAAUGUUGGAUGCUUAUUCCUUUGGGAGGUUUUCCAUUACUGCUUCAAACAUCCAAAUCUAAUGCAGCUGAAGAGUUUGUAAAAAGGCUCAGGAGACAGACAGACCUUUGCAACAUGGUCAAGACAGUGAGGGCACUCUUGAAAAACAACAGCACAGUCACUGUUCUGAGAUCAGGCUUGCAUGCCAUCUUCAAUGAGAAAUCUCUGGAUGUGACUAAAGACCUCUUUCAAGAGAAGUUUAGGAAUCCAAAGAAGCGGCAGAAAAACAUACAAUUAAAAUGUUUGAAAAACUUCAUUUCUUCACUCACAUCUUCCACAGAUAUUCGGGAUCUCCUGAGCUGUUUGUCUUCAGAUCUCCAGACUUUUGUUAUUAAGCCAAGCAAGAGUAAAGAGGCGUUUAAAGAGCAGGCAUCAGAUUUCAUGUUGAAAUGGAACCUCCUACUGAGCAAUGUAGGCAAGAUUCUGACCAUCAACAGGACAGACAGUUUUGGAUCCUGGCUUUUGUUGAAUAUGCUACUUGUUGAUUUUGCGGCUCACAUUUUCCAGUCCUAUAUAGAAGAGGAGAAGGAAGAGGGAAAUUCCUUGGUUGCAAGGCAAAAUGAGGUCCCUCUUCUGUGUAUUUAUGAGCCCAGCCAUCUCUCAGCUUGUUUUGCAGAGGAAGAACCUCAAGCUAAUGCUCAACAGACAGCUCUUGUGAUGCAGAACCAGAAUAACUUCGGAUUAAGCAAUGUUUUCCAGAGUUCUGAGUUGUUUGGUGAGCACCUCCACUGUCAGCAAGGUGAAAUUAACAUUAACUUAAAAGAAAAUGGUGGGAAAAAAAGUUAUAAAUUAGGACCAGUUGGAAGAUGUAUGGCUGAUUGGGGUUUUUUAUGCAUGUAAAGUACAACUAACGAAAUCCAGGUUUGCAUGGAGCUGUGUCCAAUGUCACUGAAACCUCAAGCCACAAAGCAUCAUCUACAUCCUGCCCCCACCCCAUGAUCCUAUCAAGGGAUUGUAAUCUCAACAUCACCCACCUCCCCAGCACCACAGGUUCCUGAUUCUUUCCUUAGGUUUCCAGCAGACCUCUGGAGCUCCUUCUGAUUCCUCAAGUGUUGUCUAAGGAAGAGCAGUGCUGUUCUGGUGGGCUGCAAGCAGGCCAUCUGCUAGCUGACAAACAGACUGCAUGUAUUCAUUGAUCAAAAAAGAGAGGGCAUGGUGUGGUCUUUCCUCACUGUUGGAAGCGCUGAGAGGCUCUCUUCCCUCCACUUAUCUGUUACUUUUAUCAAAAUAUAUGAAAUAUCUUCAGAAAUAGGAAAUCCUCGAGACUUCUCUGCUCCACCAGCUUUUCUUGCAGUCAGUCCACUGCUCCAAACUUACUAGCAUAAGGUGUGACAUGCAGGUAGAAAACGAGAUAGACUCUAAGUCUUCUAGAACACGAGGCUAAAAUACAAGAACACAUGGGGACAUGGAUCAAGCCUCUGUGGUUAAUGCAAGUGAUGAAUUAGACAUUCAGCUGUUUUCAUAUUUCUCUUCCAUGCAGUAAGAGCACUUGUCUUAUAUCUCAGAGUACAUGGUGUUUUCCAUAAAACUGUGAAAGACAAAUGUUAAAGGCACCAAGACUCACAGAGAAAAAUUAUAUUUUGGGGGUGACACUACUAUAGUUAUUUUACUCCCAAGAGGUAUUCAGUUUCCAUACACUUCCACAGGAGUGGAAAUUGACUGUUUUAAAAACAUCUUUAUUAGUUAUAAAGACGUUUAGGGGACCCUAAUUUUUUUUUCUAAUGUAGUUCAGCAAAGAAAAUUGGAGGGGAGAAAGCAGGCACACAGGGGGCAAACCAAGAAUGAUUUGUACAUGCAAUGGCCAUGUUUGACAGAUUUUGUUAUUUUUCAAAUGUGGAAUAUUGACCCAUCCUGCCAUACCACCUUUAUGUCAAAACGUAAACUGCGCUGGGUGCUGAUAAUUUGCAGGAGACCUCUAAUCACUGAUGGUCAGAAACAAGGAAAUAAACCUCUAGAAAUUUUAUUCAAUAUCUGCCCAUUUCCUGUGCUCCUCACUGUGCUGCCUUUUGUAUGGCCUAUGCCCAUUGCAAUGGUUUCUGCAGGGGUCAUCAGACAAGGACUUGGUCUGUGUAAGUGAUGCGCUUAUAAAUGUGCCUAUCAGUUUUGCAUUUUUUGUACCUGAUCGCAAGAACAGAGCAAGGCUGAUUAGAGUGAGGGAUGAGGAAUCACCCCUUUCAGAAUAACAGGGAAAGGGUGUAAAAUGUGAAAGGAGAAGUAUGAGGACUUAAGGUGUGGAGGAGAGAAGGACACAGCAAAUGGUUGAGAAAGUGUAGAAGUUUAGAGAUUAAAGAAUCCAACAGAUGGUGGGUUCUACCAGUCUAUGUGCAAGAUUCUGACAACUGGGAUGAAAAGGAGAUUCUAGUAAGCGCCUGUUAAGUUGUGGUUCAAGUGCUUACAGUUUGUGAUGGGAGUUGAAAAACUUGAAUCUGCAGCUCAAAAGGGCUUCAGGAGCUGUGAGAGAGUGAGUGAGCACUUCUGCCCACUCAUCUUCUUCAGAUGGGUGGUAGCUCCCACCUCAACCAUUGCAGAUUCUUUCUUUUGUAUAUCAACACUGAUGACACAGGUUUCUGAAAAACACAGUUGCCAAAAGCAUCUCUAUCACUCACUGCUUUGUUUGUAUUGUCAUCUCUGUAGAUUCUCUGACAAGAUUCCCACUGCACAAGGAUUUUUGUUCUGUGACUUUUGACCACCAAAAAUCAUCAUCAUGCUUCCAAGGAGCCAUCUGUCCCUGCUCUUGACUAAUCCCCUUUUGGCCACAGCCCAUUCUGUUGGGUAUCUAAACCCUCAGCAGCCAUAGCAGCAUCCACCAGCCACACUGCUGUUUCCUGGACCACAUUUCUGCUGCCUGACAUAUUGCUCAGGUUUAUUUCAUAAUUUUUGCUUUUAAUUCCUUCACCUCAGGCAGGCUUGGCAGCUUUCUGCAACCCAGUGCCUUUCAUCAGUUCCCAUUCUCCACUCCAUCCAUUGCCAGCACCACCCAACCUCCAUAGCUUUUUAAUCUUGUCCCACAAGGCAUUUCUAUGCCUUCUCUACAGCCUGUUAUGCUGUGGAAAAAAAAAUCUGUUCAUUGCACCUCCACACUCAGCUCUUUGAAAUUAGUGCUAACCACUCAGUCUUGCUAUGAAACCCUGGAAAAAUAUGAGGGAGGACUGGUAAAAGAAAUCAGAAAAGAAUCUCCCAACUUUACCCUGACAGCAGCAGCACCAAUAUGUGUGGCUUAGCAGAUCCCUUCGUGAUCUUUUAGUUGUCACCUUCAUUCUUCCUCUUCCUUCCCCAUCUGUUUCUGGUCUUCCAUUCUGAGUUGAUGCUGAAUAUAAAUUAGACUUCUCAGCAGAGAGACCAUUUUUUUUCCAUUUAUUUUGAACAGUGCAGUACAUUCAUGAAUGUUAUCUUUAAAUAUAUCUUAAAUAGUUAAUACAUAGAGUCAAUAAAUAGAGUUAAUACUCUUGAAGACAGAAUACAUUCUGAAUUGGCGGGAUCUCCCAAAGAAAACAUUAGUUUUAUACAAAAAAAUGUAGAGGGCAAGGAGCGAGACAGUAGAAGAUUUGUACACACCGGCUUAGCGGGGAAGUGUGGCAGAUAAAAUGCUAUAGAGCCAAACACACCUAGUAUGAACUCAGAAUCAAUGAAACUGGUGGCAGUAACAGAGAUGAUCUGAACAAGCUGUAAUCUAUUAAAGUGCAGCUCAGAGAGCAUUGGCCAGAUCUUUAUUCCCUAUCAUGGAGCUUGCAGUUGCUUUCUCUCAGCAUGAAUAGCAUUUUUUCAUCUAGAAAAUCCAUUCUAGGCUUCUGCUUUUUGUUCACUUGUUACCAAAUCAAAAUCCUAUUAAACUGCACACCUGCAGUGGGUUUAUCUUCAGAACACUGUGCUGUAGCUUUUAAUCCAAUUCCACACCUUCAUAACAUACAAUAUACUGCAAAUCAGGGCACGAAGAGACUGAGGAUAUGCUAUUCCUAGCUCUGUUGGCAGAGAGCAAAUCAAACACUUUGAUUUGUUAAAAGGAGAGAAAAAAAUAGGACACAGUUAACUACUUGACUUAUAGGAAUGGUAAGUGUUCAUCUGAGUGGUCUGUAUAAACCAGGAUACAGAGAUCAAGUGAAAUCAUUAACUAAAAUGAUCCAAAAAUGAGAGCAAAAUCAUGACCCUGAUUGAAUUCAGUGUCAAAACUUCUGCUGAUUUUAAGAAAGCCAGAAUUUCAGCAUGAAAAAGCAGUCCCCAUCAGGAGAGAGACAGGCUGAGACUAUUUGUUUUGAAAAUGAAGAGAAGGGCUUACAGCUGACACACAGAGUCUGAGAAGAGUGAAUGACAUAUUCAAAGUAGAUAUGCUCUUCUGUCAGACCUUUGCCAUCCUACGAUGAUCCCCAAUGUAUGCUUCCUCUUGUUGGGUUUAUUUGAUGUAAAAUAAGGCUGGGUAUCUAUAAAAUACCUCAGGUUCAGCAAGUAAGAACAGAGAAGGUUUUUUUGUUCAAUGAAGGGAGAAACAAAUGAUUUACAAUUCCUACAGUCAAAACAUUUCCAUAUUUCUUUUCUAAUUUUCAGCACAUCCAGGUAAUCUAGGAAGAGAAAAUUAUUAUAUCAUGUACUAAGUUGGAUCUUCAAGUUGGAAAGGAAACAUUUCCUACUCAAAAAGAUGAACUGAUAUUUCUUUGCCUCCAAUAAACAGCAAAUCUUCAGAGAAAACCAUCCUGACUAUAGCAUUCUAUAUGCUACACCAUUCUUACUUUUUGAUAAAACUUUGAGAAAUACUGUUUUCAUUCUCUUUAACUAAAGAUCUUUUUUUUUGAAAAUACUAAAUGAAAAACUGGGCUAGCAAUACAGUUUUUUUAAGCUGUCAUGUGAUUUGAUUUAGACUGCUUGAAUAAAUCUUCAGAAGAUAAAGGUGAA